AUGGCUAAAUUCUCGUCAAUUUUCUACGCAAUUCUACUUUACUUUAUUUUGUCGCGAUUACACGAUUGUGUGAAUUUCUUGGAUUUUCCAUUCGAAGCCUUUGGAUCAGCAAACUUAUUGGCGCUUGGCUUUGUUUGUUUGCUUCUUUAUGAUCGUUUAAACAUCAGAGAAGUUAACCCGAGUGGAUCAACAUGCAAAUUAAACGUAACGGAAAUGGUUUGGUGCUUAAUUACAAUAGAAAUCUUCAUGAACUUAUUUUGGAGAAAUCUUGAAACAAUUAUCGUUGUGUUAAUUGUUGCACCACACGAAGAUGAAUUUAAUGAUUUAAUGGAAAGAUUUUUUAUGGCAAAAUUUACAAUGAAUGUAAUUUCAAGCAUGCUGUGCCUUGUGACAUUCGUCAAAACAAGAAUUGUAAACGAUUUAAAAAUUUACUUCAGAAACAACUGGAAUGAAGCGAUGGAGACUAAUUGCAACAAUUUAAAUAUUGACAACAAGAAUGAAUGUGCUGAAAGAUGUGAAAAUAAGAAAACUUCAGAAAAUGUUUCAAACUGUGAUGCUGAACAAGAACCUGUUCAUGUAAUUACCUACAAACCAAGACUUCCAUCUCAUCCAUUCUUUUCAUAA